AUGAAAAAUGAUGAAUUAAUUGAAAAUUUUUGUGUUUACUGUAAUUCAAAUAAAUCCUUUUCAUAUUUUCAAAAAAGUCUUGACCCUCCUAAAAAUUUGUUUAAAAAUGAAUACGAAAAAUUAGUUAAUACAAAAACGAUAAAAUAUAAAUGGAUAAAAAAUUUAUCAUAUAACGAAUGUUUGCAACAAGUUUUAAAAAAUUUAGAUGAAUGUAAUCUACAAUUUAAAGGUAAAUGCGAAAGAAAAAACAAUUCAUUAAUAUAUAGAAAUGAACAGUUUCAUGCUUAUAACAAAAAAUUUUUAAAUGAUGAAAAAUAUAUAAAAUAUGCUAUUUUUAAUAAUAGAAAAAAUAAAAAUAGUUUUAAACCAAAAAUAUUCAUAGACAAAAUAUUAGGAAUAAAAAAUAGAUACAAAAUUGAUUCAAAAAAUAAUUUUAUAAAAGAAAACAACUCAAAAAAUAAAUUAAAAAAAGACAACCAUUUAAAAAAUGAUAUUAUAAAAGAGAAUUAUUCAAAAAAUAAUUUUAUAGAAAAGGAAACUUCUAGCAUUUAUACAAAAGAGAAAAAUUUUAAAAAUGAAUUUACAAAAGAUAGUAAUUUAAGAAAUGUUAUUAUAAAAGAAAAUAACUUAAAAAAAGAUUUUGUUGAAGAAGGAAAUUUCCAAAGUAAUUUUGUAAAAGAAAAAAAUUUGAGUGGAAAUUUUAUAAAGAGUAAUAAAUUAAAAAAUAUAAAAUUAGGAAAAAGAGAAAAAAAAAAAAAAAAAAAGGACAUAUUUAAAUAUUUAUUUAAUAUUUUUAAAAGAAGGAAAUAUUAUAAAACAAUAUUCAAAUUGUGGUUAGAUAAUUUUUUAAAAAGAAAUGGAAUAUUAAAUAAAAAAUUAGUUAAAAAAUUAAUUAAUUAUUUGAUUAUAAAAAAUUCUAUCAUUUUUGAUGUUGAAUUAUGGAAUUUUUUUUUUUGUAAAAACUUGAUCAAUCAUUUUAAUGUAAAUUUGUAUUUCCUUAUAGGAAAGUCAGGAAAUAAAAAAGAAGAUUUUAUAAGAGAUUUGUUUCAUUCUUUUCCUUUUAAAUAUAGCAAUGAUGAUAUUUUUAUUAUAGACAUAAUUCAAUAUGAAAAUUUCCCAAUAGUAUGUGACUACAGAUAUAUAGAAUCAAUGAAUUUUACAAAUUGGGAAAAAAUUGAAAAAAAUAACGAGAUAUUUAAUGAAAUGAAUAAUAAAAACUAUGAGAUUAAUAGAAAUUAUGUACUAAAAUGUCUUAAUAAAACAAAUUUCUCAUUUAAAAUAUGUGAUUCUUUUAAAAUUAAAAAUAAAUAUUUAAAAUUAGUUAAUUUAGAAAAAAUUAAAAAUUUAAAUUAUAUUAAUUUAUAUGUGAACAAGCCAAAUAAAGUAAAUUACAAAAAAUUAAGUGUGGGAACAUGCCUAAGAAACUUAAAUGAAAUAAAUGAUAACUAUGUAUGGAAUAAAAUUUCUAUUAAUAACAACUCUUUUGACAAAAAUGUUGCAUUGUCCAGUAACUUAAAUAAUAAUUUAUGUAAUUAUAAUAGUAUAAAAGAGGAUGUCAGAAGCGAAAGAAUUUUAUCUAUUUUUUCAGAUAGUGAAAGUGUUAGUAGUUUUGACUUAUAUAAUUUAAAAAAUAAUGAAUUUAAUAAAAAUGUUUUUUCAGAAAAUAAAGAAUGGAAAGAAUAUAAAAAAAAAUUAUAUGUAAAUAAAAUUCUUUACCCUUAUUACUACGAACUUGUAUUAAAAGAAAAUACUAUAAUAAAUAUAAAAAAUAGGAAAGAAAUUCAAAAAAUCGAUAAAUUUAAUAUGAAUUUAGAAUAUAUAUUAAUAAGUUUUACUAAAAUAGCUUUAGUGAAGCAAUUAGUAUGGAAAAAGAAAAUUUUUAGGUUGUUGUUUUUUUUUUUAAAAAAUAAAAAAAAAAAAAAUUUAAAUAAAAAAAUAUUAGGGUUAAAUUUAUUUAAUGGUGGUUACUCUUUUUUAUUAAUAAAAAAUUUUGAUUAUAUAAAUAAUUUCCCAAUUUUUAAAAAGAACUGCAUCAUGUUUUUAUUUUUAAAAUAUAUUUAUAUAUGGAAAAAUAUGAAUUUAAAUGCUCAUAUUUUUAUUAUUUCAUCUUUCGUUGGUAAUAAUAAUUUUAAUAAUAGUAAUAAUAAUGAUAAUAUUAUUUCUUUAUUUAAUUCUUAUGUAAAUAAUUUCUUUGUUUUUAUUUUUCCACAUUUUCUUCAUAAAAAAGACAGAUAUGAAUUAUUAACUCAUUUAUACAGAAAAAAUAAUUUAAAUUAUUCAAAGAAGCAUAUUAAGAAUAUUUCUAAAAUAACUAGCAGUUUUAAUAGAGAAAAUUUAAUGAAAUUAUUUCAAGAUGAAUAUAGAGAAAGAAUUAUAAAUUUAUUAAAAAGAAAUAGAAUUACCAUAAAAGAUAAAAAAUUUAUUAAAAAGUUAUUUCAAAAUAUUAAUAAUAAUCAUUUUUUUUCUGAAGCUCUUAGUUUUCAAAAUGAUUCUCAUAUAUACGUUCACUCUCAUGAAAUUGAAUUAUAUAAGAAAAAAAACUUUAAUACAUUUUGUAAAAAAUUACGAGAAAAGACAUAUGGAUUUGGUGAAAUAAUAGGUGAAGAUACUUUAAUAACUAGAUUAAAAAAGGAAGUUAUUGAAAAUUUUAAUAUUGAUAAAAAAAAAAAUAAAACAUCUAUUAAUUUUUUUGAUAGUGUAGGUAUAUUAAUACAUGGUAAUAGUGGAUCUGGUAAAACAUUUAUAUCAAAAAAAAUUAUUGAGGAAUGUAAUUGUAAUUCUAUUAUUAUUAAUUGUUCAAAUAUAUUUAAUAAAAUAAUGGGAGAAUCAGAAAAAUUUCUAAAUGAAAUUUUUGAAUUUGCAAAAAGUAAAUUACAGCCAUGUAUAAUUCUACUAGAUGGUAUAGAAAACAUAUGCUUUAAAGAAAAUAUUACUGAAGUGGAGAAAUUUGCAAAAAGAUUAAAAUUAUGUUUUUAUGAGAAUAUUGAUAAAAUACAUUUUGAACAAAAAUGGAAAAAUAAUCCUUGCUUAAUUUUAAUUAUAGCCACUACAACGUCCAUUGAUAAUAUUGAUGACAAUCUUUUAAUGAAUCAUAGAAUAAAAUACAUUUAUCAAACAAAAGACUUUCAUUAUUGGGAUAAUAAAGAUAUUUAUAAACUUUUCGGAAAAUGCUUAAAAAGUAACAAUAUAAAAUCAACUGAUUUCUUAUACUCAGAAAGUUUUAAAACUUUUAUAUCAGAAAAUAUUCUUGAGAAAAAGAAGAAUCUAUCUCCUCUGUAUAUCUCUAACUUGUGUAGAGAUACGUUAAUUCACUACUUAAAAAGGACUAUUAAAGGAGGUGAAAUGAAAAAUGAAAUUAUAGUGGAGGAUUUCUACAAAUCCCUUAAGAUGAAUUACUGA